AUGAUCAAGCUUCUGGAACAUGACAUAUAUGAUAUCAAGUGUUUAGAGUUGGUGAAUACAGAGGAUGAAGGCAACAAGUCUGGCGUUUUUAGCAAUAGACUAAUCUUUGCUAUUAGUUCAGAAUUAAGAUAUUUGUUAUCAGAUGCGAGUUGUGCGCUCGUAGUUGAGCUUUACAUUCCAAGAAAGUGCUCUGCCACUAACAGAAUUAUUAAGUCUGGUGACCAUGCUUCUGUUCAGAUCAACGUUGCCAACGUUGACGAGGACGGAAAGGUUAUUCCAAACUCAAACACAACCUACGCUCUCUGUGGAUACGUUAGAGCCAGAGGUGAGGCUGAUGACUGUUUGAACAGAUUGGCUCAGCAGGAUGGUAUCAUUAACAACGUCUGGUCUUACUCUCGUUAA